GAGACUCAAGAUGUUGUUUCUGCUUCCCAUUCUUCCCAAGAACAACUCUAAGUCGUGCACUAGGGGGCUUCCCGAUAGAAGUUCAGCUGACCGGGCGUUCUGAGGGCACAGCGGGCCUGCUCAGGCCCUGCACAUCGCGCGCUCUCGGGGAAAGCCCGACCCCUCCUGAGGGGCGUACCUGCGGCUGCAGCCACGAGGCGGGAAGGCCCUUCUCUCCCUUUCUGCCGCCCCGGCGCUAUAAAAUACAGGCUAAAUUGCAGAAAAGGGUGUGAGAUUCGUGGUUUUCCCCUCUAGCGAUCGUGGAUGGUGGAGGCAGCUGUGCUCUGAACCCUCCCUUCAGCUGCAGCUUGCUGCCAUGUUCUCCAGAUGCCUCCAGUGCAGUCAGUGAUCAUCAUUUUGUUUGUUAUGCCUGUGGUCAGCCUGAGCUCCCUGAACCCGUCCCGUGCUGUAAGUGAUUCAGUAUUCUGCAGUGGGCCUGCGCAUGUCCUGCCUUGUUACCACAUGCAGCGAAGUAAAAAUGGCAGGGAGGACAAGAAACCAUGGCCACUAUGUCUGCAGCACCUGGGGAAACAACCAUUUCAAAACUUUUGACGGAGAUAUCUAUCAAUUUCCUGGCCUGUGCGAGUAUAAUUUUGUUUCUGACUGCCAAGACUCUUACAGGGAGUUCUCUGUCCACAUUCAACGUGCUCUGAACAGCAAUAACCACCCUGAGAUCCAGUAUAUCCUGAUAACAAUCGCGGAUUUCACGGUGUACCUCAAACCCAAACUGGCUGUUGUGGAUGGGAGGAUUGUCAGGACACCUUACUACAGCUCUGGUUUGCUCAUUGAGAGCAAUGACGUUUAUACCAAGGUUUAUGCCAAACUAGGCCUAAUUCUGAUAUGGAAUCAGGAAGAUGCACUGAUGGUGGAGCUGGACAGCAAGUUUGGUAACCAGACAUGUGGUCUUUGUGGGGAUUACAACGGAGUUCCAAUCUACAAUGAGUUUAUUAGUGGAACUGCAAGCUACAAUUCAAUUACAUAUGGGAAUUUACAGAAGAUCAGCAAACCCAAUGAUGAGUGUGAAGACCCUGAUGAAACUCGGGCUCUCCCAAGCUGUAAUGAGCAUCGUGAUGAAUGUGAGAAGUUGCUGACCUCCUCUGCAUUUGCUGAUUGUCAGUCACGCCUCAAUCUGGAAAUGUACAUCCAAGCCUGCAUGCAGGACAAGUGCGCAUGUAAAGGAAAUGAGGACUCCUUCUGCCUCUGCAGCACCAUUUCUGAGUAUUCUCGCCAGUGUUCACAUGCAGGUGGCCGGCCGGGUGAAUGGAGGACAGAGGACUUUUGCUUCAAGACAUGUCCUGGCAACAUGGUCUAUAGAGAAAGCAGCUCACCCUGCAUGGAUACUUGCUCACACUUGGAAAUCAGCAGCCUUUGCGAGGAACACUACAUGGAUGGUUGUUUUUGCCCUGAAGGAACGGUGUAUGAUGAUGUCACUGAAAAAGGCUGCAUACCUGUUAGCCAGUGCUACUGCAGACUCCAUGGAAAGGGGUAUUCACCUGGAGAAACCAUUACCAAUGAAUGUGAAGAAUGCACCUGUGAUUCAGGCAGAUGGACGUGCAAAGAUUUACCCUGUCCAGGCACGUGUUCAGUGCAAGGAGGUUCCCAUAUUACUACCUUUGAUGGGAAGAAAUAUACCUUCCACGGAGACUGUUACUAUGUGUUGGCCAAGAGUGCUGUGAAUAAUAAUCAUGCCCUCCUGGCAGAGCUGGCUCCUUGUGGCUCCACAGAUGGACAGACCUGUUUGAAGACUGUUGUGCUGUUAGUAGAUGACAAAAAAAAUGUAGUGGUUUUCAGAUCAGAUGGCAGUGUGUCACUGAAUGAGAUGACAGUGAAUGUGCCUCAUGUGUCAGCUAGCUUCUCGGUUUUCAAGCCGUCGUCUUACUACCUCAUUGUACAAACUUCUUUUGGGCUUCAUCUGCAGAUUCAGUUGUCUCCAGUCAUGCAACUCUUUGUGACUGCGGAUCAGUCAGUCCAAGACCUUCAAGGUCUUUGUGGAAAUUUUAAUGGAAUGGAAGGUGAUGACUUUAAAACAACCAAUGGGUUGGUAGAAGCUACAGGAUCUGCCUUUGCUAACACGUGGAAAGCUCAGUCCACCUGUGCAGACCAAGUAGAAAAGCUGGAAGACCCCUGCAGUCUCAGCAUUGAAAGUGAAAAUUAUGCUGAGCAUUGGUGUUCUUUGCUGAAAAACACAGAGGGCCCUUUUGCAAGAUGUCACUCAGUCGUUGAUCCUGCAGAAUACUAUAAGCAAUGUAAAUAUGACACCUGCCUCUGCAAGGACAAUGAGGAAUGCUUGUGUGCUGCCCUGUCCUCUUAUUCGAGGGCCUGUGCUUUCAAAGGGAUCAUACUGGGUGGCUGGAGGCAAAGUGUCUGCUCUGAUGAAGUGUCUGCCUGCCCAGGAAAUCAAAUCUUCCAUUACAAUCUCACAAUGUGCCAGCAAACCUGUCGUUCCAUUACUGAUGGUGAGAAGUACUGCUUGCAAGACUUUGCUCCUGUGGAUGGCUGUGGCUGCCCAGAUAAUACAUACUUGGAUAACCAGGAUACAUGUGUGCCCAUCUCCAAGUGCCCAUGCUAUUACAAGGGGUCAUACCUGGAACCUGGGGAAUAUGUUACAAAAGAUGGAGAACGUUGUGUUUGCCGAAAUGCAAAGGUCCAAUGUACUUCAGUGACAAUGAGAAUGAAAAGUAUAACAGAAUGUACUUCAAACAAAACCUACUUUGACUGCAAUGCAUCCCCAGACUGGACUUCACGGACACCUGUGCAACUUCGCUGUGGUACUUCUCAAAUUGAUCUUUAUCAGGGUGAGUGUGUCUCAGGCUGCGUGUGUCCUGAAGGUUUGUUUGAUGAUGGUAGAGGGGGCUGUGUAGAGGAAGAGGACUGCCCAUGUAUUCAUAACAGCGACUGGUAUAACCAUGGACAGAGCAUAACAGUGGACUGCAACACCUGUACCUGCCAGAAGGGUAUCUGGAGCUGCACUGAAAAUGUGUGCUAUGGGACUUGCAUGAUAUAUGGAAGUGGCCAUUACAUCACCUUUGAUGGAAAAUUCUAUGACUUUGAUGGAAGUUGUGAAUAUGUGGCUACUCAGGAUUAUUGUGGUGACAAAAAUUCUGGCGGCUCAUUCAGUAUCAUCACAGAGAACGUCCCUUGUGGAACUACUGGAGUCACCUGCUCAAAGGCCAUUAAAAUGUUUAUAGGGAAAACUGAACUGAAGCUGGAGAACAAGGAUUAUAAAGAAAUUCAGCGAGAUAUUGGUGAUGAUGUGUAUUACCAGAACAGGACAGUAGGUCUCUACCUUGUUAUUGAGGCUAGCAAUGGUUUGAUGCUUAUCUGGGAUAAGAAGACCACUGUUUUCAUCAAACUGACUCCUGAUUAUAAAGGGAAAGUGUGUGGUCUGUGUGGCAACUUUGAUGACAAGUCCAGCAAUGACUUUACAAGCAGGAGUGGGCUGCAAGAGACAAGUGCUUUGGCGUUUGGCAAUUCCUGGAAACAGUCAUCUGUGUGCCCUGAUGUCACAGAAGAGAUUAAGCCCUGUGAUCUGAAACCACAUCGCAAGUCCUGGGCAGAGAAAGAAUGCAGCCUUAUCCUGAGUGAAAUCUUUAAAAUUUGUCAUUCUAAGGUGAACCCAUCUCCUUUCUAUGAUGCUUGUGUUCAUGAUGCCUGCUCUUGUGACAGUGGUGGAGAUUGCGAUUGCUUCUGUUCUGCUGUUGCUGCAUAUGCACAAGAAUGUACCAAGGCUCAGGCCUGUGUUUUCUGGAGAAGUCCUGAUAUAUGCCCAAUAUUUUGUGACUACUAUAACCCUCGUAACGAGUGUGAAUGGCACUACGAGCCUUGUGGCAGCAAUGUCAUGACUUGCAGAAUGAUUUAUAAUGUCAGCACCAACUUUUCAGUUCCAUACCUAGAAGGUUGCUACCCCAGAUGCCCUCAUGAGAAGCCUGUUUAUAAUGAAGAGACAAAUGAAUGUGUGGCUGCAGAUGAAUGCUGGUGUUACCACAAUGGUAAUCCUGUUAUCAUUGGUGGAGAAAUACCAACAGAAGAAAACUGUACAAAAUGUAUCUGUCGCCCCUCAGGAUCCAUUGAGUGUACACCAAUUCCAGGAUGUCCUUGUGUCAUCAAUGGAACAAGUUAUGAUGUGGGAGAAACUGUUGCAACAGUAACGGAGGGCGACAUGUGCACAACAUAUGUUUGUGCAGAAAAUGGAUCUUUAGUUCCUGGAAUCACUUAUCCUUGUCCAUCAACUACUUCACCUUCAACCAUUUCAACCUCUCCUGGUACAAGUACUCUUACCACUAUAGUUACCACAAGUCCUCCAGUAACUACAACUCCGUGCCUGGGAUUAAUCUGUGAUUGGUCUGAGUGGUUUGAUGUUAGUAACCCUGAAGAAGAUGGUGGUGACUAUGAAACCUAUGAUGCAAUAAGAAUUGAACAUGGAAACAAAAUAUGUAAAGCUCCUGAAGAUAUUGAAUGCAGGGCUAAAGACAGUCCUGAUAAAACCUUAGAGGAACUUGGCCAGAAAGUGGAGUGUAAUGUUACGUAUGGACUCAUCUGUAAAAAUGAGGAGCAAGAUGCAAGUAUCUGGCAUCUUUGCUAUAAUUAUGAAAUCAGGGUAAACUGUUGUGAAUGGCAUGAAAUUCCUUGUGAGACUACAAGUACACCAAGUUCAACACCAACUGCAUCUUCAGUCACCACUGGAACAACUGUGCCCACUACUACAACCCAGCAGUCGACAACAAUUACCACCAUACCGACACCCACUGCAACCACCACAAGCCAGCCCACACCUUCAGUAACCACACCACUAACUUCAGCCUCCACAGUAUCAACCACUGCUCCCACACCAACUCCAUCGGAGUCUCCAACCAGUACUGCCACCACGACACCCUUCAGCAGCAGCACCCAGGGAACAACACCGACUGUUCCUGGCACAUCCGCAUCCACUCCGACAGUUACAACCACAGUCCUACCAACAAUAGGAACCCAAACCCAGCCUCACCCAUCUACACUACCAUUGAAAAAUUGUGACUGCAUCUGGACAGACUGGAUCGAUAUGAGUCAACCAGAUAUAUCUGACAUGAACAGCGGAGAUUAUGAAAGCAUUACUGAAAUAAACAACAACUCCUGGGUCUGCGUGAAAGCUGAGAAUAUUUCAUGCAGAGCAAAAGAUUACCCUAACAUUUCCCUUGAAGAAUUAGGGCAGAAAGUUGAAUGCAACGUCAACACAGGGCUUAUUUGUAACAAUAAGGAUCAAGAAAACAAUGGCAAUAUUUCAUACUGCCAUAACUAUGAGAUCAACGUCUGCUGCACACCAAACAAAACGGAGUGUAUACCAACUACAGAAUUGACCACGACAAUCAGCACACCAGUGUUGUACUCAACCACUACAACCAUAGUUUUCACGUCAACGGUGUCAAGCACUGCUCCCACGCCAACACCAACUAUAUCUCCCACCAGUACUACCUCUGGCACGAUGCUCACCAGCACCACCAGCAGCAGCACCGGGAGCACCACGAGUGUAACUGGCCCGCCCUCAUCCAUCUCGACCACUGUCAGCCCAUCCACACCCACACCAACACCCACCACCUCUGUAACCACUGCUCCCACAACCACGGAAGUACAAUGCACGUUCCCUCCGGAGGACUGCAUCUGGACUGACUGGAUCGAUGUGAGUUACCCACAUUAUGGCCCAGAGAAUGGUGAUGAUGAGACCUUUGAAACUAUUCAGAAUAAGCUCCCUUCAUGGAACUGUACAAAGGUUGAGAACAUUUCAUGCAGAGCAGAGAAAUUUCCAGACGUGCCUAUAGAAGAUUUAGGGCAGAAAAGAAAUAGGGAAAUAAAGAGGAAAUGCAAUUGUUUUCCUACAGUGAUGGAACCCUGUGUUUUCUCAGGUCCCACUUCCCAGAGCACCACAGGUACAACUGUGUCAAGCACCACGAGUACAACUGUGUCAAGCACCACUCCCACGCCAACACCAACUGGGACUGCCCCCACUACCACCUCUGGCACGACGCCCUCCAGCAGCACCAGCAGCAGCACCGUGAGCACCACGACUGUAACUGGCCCGCCCCCAUCCAUCCCGACUACUGUCAGCCCAUCCACACCCACGCCAACACCCACCACCUCCGUAAGCACUCCACCCACAACAACAGAAGGUAAUUGUCUGGUCCUGCUGCUAUGUACUUGUCUGUAUCAUGGAGCGUUCCCAAAAUGCUUGUUGACAGCCAUUUUGAAGGAGCCUGCCUUCCGGCCUGUGGCAUGGACUCAUGUGAAGGUUGGAAAUGCAGUUGGAGAGAAAUGGCUCUGCAAGAAUAAGUAUGGUACUUUUGGCACUGAAGUUCCAACCACUGUGAGGGAGGGCUCUUCGACAGCUUCAGUUUCUACACCCAUUAGCACACAAACUGCAGGCAGUACGUCACCACCUUCAGUUUCUACAAUCCCCUCGACAGUCACGACAUCUGGAACAACUCCUACGAAGUCUUUUACCACCACUUCAGGAACAACCUCUAGCUCUUCUAGUACUGUCACUGCCACCACCAUUACCACGUCUGAAAUUGUUUCCUCUGGUUCAGCUAGUACUUCUGGGACAACUCCAACAUCCAGUACAGUCACUGUUUCAGGAAGCUCUACAUAUAGCACAGUUACUACACUGAGUACUUUAAGUUCAACUGCCAGUUCUGGCUCUAAUUGUACUAUUUCACCUAAUGAAACUUACGCGCCAGGGGAGUCAUUUUGGCUGUGUAACUGCACUGAGGCUAUAUGUGUAGAAAACAAUACUAUUGUGCUCGUUCCAGUAAUCUGUGAGCCACCUCCUAAACCCACCUGUUCCAAUGGGCUUGCUCCUGUGCAAGUCAUGGAUGAUGAUCUAUGCUGCUGGCAUUGGGAGUGUGAUUGCUACUGCACUGGCUGGGGAGACCCACAUUAUAUGACUUUUGAUGGAUUGUACUACAGCUAUCAAGGGAAUUGCACAUAUGUUCUUGUGGAAGAGAUUGAAAAAACAGUUGACAACUUUGGUGUCUACAUUGAUAACUACCAUUGUGACACACGGGAUGUAGUUUCCUGUCCACGAGCGCUCAUUGUGAGACAUGAGACUCAGGAAGUGCGCAUUGUAACAGUGAAACCAAAUACUGUGGAAGUGGAGGUGACUGUAAACAAACAGGCUGUGGCUUUGCCUUAUAAGAAAUUCGGCUUGAGCAUCUAUGAGUCAGGCAUAAAUCGUGUAGUGGAAAUUCCCGAACUUAAAAUGAAUGUGACCUUCAAUGGCUUGUCAUUUUCUAUCAGAAUGCCCUACAGCCUGUUUGGAAACAACACUCAAGGACAGUGUGGCAUUUGCAAUAACAACACGGCAGAUGACUGCAGGUUGCCAAAUGGAAAUAUUGCAGAAAGCUGUGAAACCAUGGCAGAUCACUGGCAAGUUGUUGAUCUCUCCAAACCACAGUGUUCUCCAGGCCUAAUUCCCACAAAAGCACCUAGCACAACAGCAGGGCAGCCUUGCAAAGAAUCUUCCCUCUGUGAGCUUCUUUGGGGAAGUGUGUUUGAGAAGUGCCAUGAAGUUGUUAAGCCUGAUAGGUACUAUGCAGCUUGCGUUUUUGAUAGUUGUACACUUCCCGACUUAGACCUGGAAUGCUCAAGUCUGCAGAUCUAUGCAGCCAUCUGUGCCGAUCAAAAUGUCUGCAUUGACUGGAGAAGUCAUACCAAUGGUGUUUGCUCUUAUGAAUGUCCCAAACAUAAAGAAUAUAGAGCAUGUGGUCCUAUUCGAGAGACAACCUGCAAGUCAAGUGCGCAAAAUGAAACUUCAGUUAAACAAGUGGAAGGCUGUUUCUGUCCUAAUGGUACAAUGCUGUUUGACUCUGGUGUGGAUGUCUGUGUAAAUACCUGUGGCUGUGUUGGAUUUGAUAUGAUACCAAGAGAGUUUGGAGAAAAGUUUACAGCAGACUGCCAGGACUGCAUUUGCCUGGAAGGUGGAAAUGGCAUUGUAUGUGAACCUCACAAAUGUCCCGAACAAAAUAAGAGGAGUUGUUCUGGGAAAGGCUUCUAUGAAGUCAUUGAAGUCAACCCUGAAGAUCCCUGCUGCCCCAUUGUCACUUGCAAAUGCAAUACAAGUUUGUGCACAACUCAACCCCCCAAGUGUACGCUGGGAUUUGAAGUUCAUUCUUAUAUUCCCAGUGAUGAGUGCUGUCCUGUGUACCAGUGUGUUCCCAAGAAGGUUUGUGUCCAUCAGAAUGCUGAGUUCUUGCCUAAUUCCUCAGUCUUUGUUGAUAAGUGUCACAGUUGCUACUGCACUAAUGAAGUUAACAUCAGCACUCAACUGAAUGUCAUCUCCUGUGAACAUAUUCCGUGCGACACAUAUUGUGAACCAGGAUAUGAACGGCAACACGUAGAAGGUGAAUGUUGUGGAAAAUGUGUGCAGACAAAGUGUAUUGUACAUACAUCACAUGGUUCCAGUCUUAUACUGAAUCCUGGAGAGUUUAAAAAUGAUCCUUACAACAACUGCACCAUUUACAGUUGUACAAGUUUCAAGAACCAGCUUAUUUCUUCCACAUCUGAGAUUACCUGUCCUGCAUUCAAUGAGGAGAGCUGCAAACCUGGAACUGUUACAUUCUUACCUAACGGCUGUUGCAAAACCUGUGUACCUCUGGAUAGCCCCACACCAUGCUCUGUCCGUGAAAGAAAAGACUUUAUCGUCUAUAAGAAGUGCCGUUCUCUGGAGAGAGUUGUCCUGACUGAAUGUGAAGGAAAAUGUGGAACUUUCUCACUGUACUCUGCUGAGGCCAGUUCUAUGGAGCACAGUUGUUCCUGCUGCAAGGAAGUAAAAACUAGCAUGAAGGAAGUGGAACUGAAAUGUCCCUCUGGGCACUCAAUUACACAUAAGUAUAUGUAUGUGGAAAGCUGCGGCUGUCAGGACACUCAAUGCGAAGUCCCAGAAUCUAGUGAGUCUCACAGCACAGAAGAAAGCAAUGAGAGCACUCAAAAUCAUAGGAAAAGGGCCAUCAGCCUAACAUCAAAAUGAAGCAGAAAAAAACUAACUGCACUCAAGUAAAGGAACUAUACACCACUCUGAUCUUCCGUGACAGCUUUUGAACUUAGCUUUUCCCCGCUGCUAUAUCCUGUAUGUUCUCUAAUUAUUUUUAACAAUGCUCUAUUUAUUUGUGUACAAAAGUACAGUGAACUUUCUUCCUAGUUGCAUACCCCUCUGGAUCACUUUAUAAUCAACUUAUUUCCUCUGAAUGAUUAAAAGCACAUUUAAAAAAACUCAGGUUUUGUGCUUAUUCAUAUACUAUCUUGAUGAGCCUCAGUUUUAAAAGAGAAGGAAAGUGGUUUUUUUUUCAAGUUAUAGGAAGUUUGUUGAUGUAUUUUCCAACCUUUUGCAAUAUCAAUUUGCAGCUCACUAAAAACUGAACUAUUAGAAGAUCCUGUCUGGUGGGGCAAAAGUUGAGUAUGCCUGCUGAAUCUGAAGAAGAAUAACGCAUCAUAAAAUGAUUCAAAUGACUCUGAGAAACUUUCACUCCAGUUUGGCACCAGGUCUCAUUUUAGCAGAGCUGUGUGUUACAGCCUCAGUUCAUCACAGUUACAUAGUUUCAGAAAGAUAGUAGUCCUUUGGCUUUGAGAAUAUGAAGUUCAUUCACAUUCAAACAAUUGAGGGAUGUAUGAUUAGUGCUAUAGUAGGAGGUCUUCAAAUGUCAACCUCCGCAAAGAAGAUGUCCAUAUUUAGGCUUUCACUGCAGGAAAUGGAGUGACGUAGCCAUUUUCAGCAUUCAUUCAUCUCAUACCAAAGGAGAUAUUCAAAGGAGAUUAACUGAAUUACAUUCUGAAGUGCCUAUUUAUCUGAUCUCAUUGCAAAGGUAGCUGAAGGGUAUUAGCUGAGAGCUGGAAGGCUCUCUUGAAGGCAGCUGAAGUACAAUUAGAGUAACGCACACUUGGUGUGUGCAAAGAUCGUAUUUUGUGUUUUUUUGCCUCUCUUGAUGAACAGUAGUUGUCUUAACCUUCUGAGAGCUGAAAGUAACUGCUUGUGCCAUCAACCAGAAUGCAAGCAUUUUUGCUACUUGAAGUACCAGAGCUGUUGACCCCAUUCUAUGCUGCUAUGAACCCUACCAAAUGUGUUACAACUUGAAAGGCAGAAACCAGUAGGGAUGUACAGAAAAUAAAACACUGGACAUUUUGCAUCUUCAGAGUACUGUCUUUAGAGAGUUGAGGGGGGGAAGAUAGCAGAUGUAAGAAGAAGGAAG